UUGGGUUCCGCAGAUAUAAAGAAAUACCCGUCGAUAAGGAUUCAACCUUUACAAUUUACUUCAAUAUAAAAACAACAAUACAGCAAUUAUUGACUUCAGCCAAGCAGCGUAUAUUCGCACAUUGUUUUCCUCCAAGAAUUCUGGUAUUAUAUUUUUGAGCUAAAGUUAAUAUUUUUACUCUUACACUAUGUCAGCACGACAAGUACAGGAUAUUGCAAUCGUUGGAGCUGGGGUGAUUGGACUUACAACAGCAUGGAUCCUUUGCGAUUUCGGAUUGGGUCCUCGUAUUAAAAUUAUCGCCAAAUAUACACCUGAAGAUCGUUCUGUCGAUUACACUUCACCAUGGGCCGGAGCAAAUUUUUGCAGUAUCUCAAGUGGAGAUGAUAAAGCCUUGCGCUGGGACAAGAUUACCUACAAUCGUCUUGCUUACCUUGCGAACACUCGAAAGGACUCAGGUGUCGUCUUUGCUGAUCUUCGCGAGCUGUGGGAUUAUGAGCCUAAUCAUAACAAGCUUGGCUCUUGGACUUCUUAUGUAAAAAAUUAUAGAGUCAUCCCGAAGGAAGAGCUUCCUGAAAAAUGCAUUUAUGGCCACACGGGCACUACGUUUCUUAUAAAUGUUCCUCAGUAUCUAAACUUCAUAUACAAUAUUGUCAAAGAUUCUGGGGUCACCAUCAUAAAGGAAGAAAUCAAACAUAUUAGCGACGUCCUGAAUUUUGUUCCUAAUCCAAAUGUAGUCUUUAACUGUCCAGGCGUUUGGGCUUGUACACUUGGAGGAGUAGAAGAUCAAAACGUGUAUCCUACUCGCGGCCAAAUCGUCUGUGUCGACGCUCCUCAUAUCAAAGAAACGAGAAUCCGUAAUGGUAUUGGUUCCGAUACUUACAUCAUUCCUCGUCCUUUCAAUGGUGGUGUCGUUUUAGGAGGUUUUAUGCAGAAGGGCAACUGGGAUCGUGAAAUUCAUCCUGAAGAUACUCAAGAUAUAUUAAAGCGUACUGCUACUCUCAUGCCAGAACUGUUUCAUAACCAAGGUCCCGAAGCUGCAAAGAUCAUAUUUGAAGCGGUCGGAUUCCGCCCUUCUCGUAACGGGGGUGCUCGUGUAGAAUUGGAUUUCAUUCCAGGGACCAAAUUCCCUUUGAUUCAUGACUAUGGUGCCUCUGGUACUGGUUAUCAAGCAGGAUAUGGUAUGGCCUUCGAUUCAGUCUUGUUGGCCCUUCCCUUUAUAAACUUUGCUUAAAUUACGAUGCAGUACUCAAUUGUUCAUGUUAUUUGUCAACUCUUACCUUUUACUUUUUAUAACUUCAUACGCUAUUUCCUUAGUCGCUUUCUCUUUUAUUUUACUUAUCUGCAGUACUUUCAUGACCUUUCCUACUUAAGUGUUACAUUCUUCUAUAAUUAAACAAUCGCAUCGUUAAUAUAAUAUAUACUAUUGUUUCU